AUGACUUCUGAUUCAACGCCCGCCAAACCGGGCGGCAUGCUGUCGCUCUAUGCCAAUCUGCUAGAUCCAUCUGCUGACAACUCGCCUGGAACCAUUUCUCGUGCCCCAGUCGUUUUUAAGCAAGCCGAAGGGGAAGCUCAAUCGGAGGAAGCUGCUGCAAAGAAGCAGGUCAAUAAUGUUCUUCGGUUUCAGCCAACGAAACGCCCUCAACUGGCGACCCAGAAACCCAAGCCGAAGCCAACCCUACCGAAAGCGGCUGCUUUAGCUGCAGGGGCAGCGCCCGUCAAGUCCACUCUUGCGGACUGGGCUGCAACCGAGGACGACGAUGUGAACGGCUUCUUCGCGGGACCUAAGAGACAGCGCGGUGGCCGCAAGAAGCGCAAGAAAAAUCGGGAACCGCAGGAAUUCGUGCAGAAUUGGGAUGAUAUCUACGAUCCUUCUAGACCAAAUAUUUACGAAGAAUACAAGCACAGCGAUGAACAGAUAACGGAAGUGCGAGAGUGGAAAGACCGUCUAUAUGCACACCGUAUGGCCAGGUCAUCGAGUAGGGACUCGUAUAGUGACGAAGAAUAUGGACGUCCGGUGAAUAGACAAUUUGCGCCUCCAAGCAACUUCGCUCCACCUCCCAACCUCAAUAACAUCCCACCGGCACCUUCUGAGAAUGUCGCUUCUGGAGAGGAUGCAUUCGCGCGGCGAGCCCAAAUGCCGUCGAGUCUAGCUCAUAACAAUGAACAGGACUCCUCACCUAAACCGCCGCCACCCCAACAACCGGUUGCUCCGAUUGAUGCGCCUACUGGUGACGACGCUUAUCUACGCCGUCUACAGAUGUCCGCUCAGCCCCAACCCUUACUAACUCCAUCAAAUCAACUGCAUAAGAUCCAAACACCGUCCGCAACUAUAUCACGCGCACCAGUUCGAUAUACUCUUCCGCCGGCCCCUGACGAUAUCCCCGCCUCGGAAGCAGAACUCGAAGAAGUCCUCGCAAAGGAGCAGCCAGUAGAAGAGGAAGCCCAAGAUGAUGGCCAGCGCUCGCUCCGACCAGGCCAGAAAGGGUUUGCUGAGCGACUGUUGGCCAAGUACGGAUGGACGAAGGGAUCUGGCUUAGGUGCCACCGGUUCAGGCAUUGCAAAGCCAUUGCAAGUCCAAGUCGAAAAACGCAAGAAACGGCCUGACUCGGAAGGUGGAGGCUUUGUCACGCCAGCCGGUAGGGGUAAGAUCAUCGGCGGCGCAAGAAAGCAAGAGGAUGUGGGCAAGUUCGGUGCGAUGAGUGAAGUUAUAAUCCUGAAAGGGAUGUUAGAUGGAAUGGACGUGGACGCAGAAUUGGCAGGCAGCGAAGGAGGUGGUCUAAUGCAGGAAAUAGGGGAAGAAUGCUCUGAAAAGUAUGGUCGUGUGGAACGUGUCUAUAUUUCUCGUGAGUCCGGCCCGCCGGUUCUCGUCUUCGUCAAAUUCACCAACCAACUGUCCGCUCUUCGGGCCGUAAAUGCUCUCGAGGGUCGGAUCUUCAAUGGGAACAAAAUCACUGCCCGCUUUUUUGACGCACAGAAAUUUGAGCAAGGCAUUUACGAGGACUAGUCCAUCAGCAUCGCGAGAGAAAUUGUCGAUUGCACUCUAAAAGUGACCGGCGUGGUCAGACUGCACGUCGUGUCUUUAGCCCGAUUCAGCAGCAUGCCAUGAUGCACAUAGGCGCGGACUGCUGGCUUCUUAGAGAGGGGUACGAUAGUCUCAUCGUUCGUGUGGUUCCCUUAGAAUGUGACCCUGUCAAACACUUCUAGUUCCUCAACAGAGUCUUCGUUAUGCGCGCCAGACAAGUAAAACUUGUCGGUUCGCACCACGGGCUCGCACUCAAAGCUUUCCAUUAUGGGAGAGAAGCCGUACGGCGUCUUCCGCGGUAAGGUCUUUGCAAAUGUCGCUUUUAUCUUGCAGGAAGCACAGGCACCGAAUACAGGAAGCGACAAGGUUUCCAGGCUACCGCAGUCGUAAUUGCAUCGAAGGGCGACGUUGCAGCAUAUUGUGAUGGUGGAGGCGUGGUCUUGGUGGUUGCAAAGUGCAUGGUACCAGGAAAUGCGGUGGCACAUAUCGGUAGUCCUCU